AAGCCCAUUGAAUAGAGCGGAGGAAACCCUGUGCCCGAGAGCAGCCAUCUUGGAUAGACAGAGCAUAUUUGAGCCAGGAGAACUUGCAAACCUCCUCUGAACAUCUCCAGAACUCAAAGCUAAAAAGAUUAAAUUCCUGUAGGAACUGUGUAUGUAGCUACAGCUGUUGUUUGUGUUGGGCAGUGGAGUCGGCUAAAGGAAAGCUAACGGAGCUUGCUAACAAUAUCAGAGCCACAAUGGCCACUGCACCAUAUAACUACUCCUACAUUUUUAAAUACAUCAUUAUUGGGGACAUGGGGGUAGGAAAGUCCUGUUUGCUUCACCAGUUCACAGAAAAAAAAUUUAUGGCAGACUGUCCUCAUACAAUUGGUGUGGAGUUCGGUACAAGGAUAAUCGAGGUGAGUGGACAGAAGAUCAAGCUGCAGAUUUGGGACACAGCAGGACAAGAGCGCUUCAGGGCCGUCACGCGCUCCUACUACCGUGGAGCUGCAGGAGCACUUAUGGUCUAUGACAUUACCAGGAGAAGCACUUAUAACCACCUCAGUAGCUGGCUGACUGAUGCCAGAAACCUCACCAACCCCAAUACUGUGAUCAUUCUCAUAGGAAACAAGGCGGACCUGGAGGCCCAGAGGGACGUCACGUAUGAGGAGGCAAAGCAGUUUGCUGAGGAGAAUGGUUUGUUGUUUCUGGAAGCCAGUGCAAAAACGGGUGAAAAUGUCGAGGACGCCUUCCUCGAAGCUGCUAAGAAAAUCUACCAGAAUAUCCAAGAUGGCAGCUUGGACCUGAACGCCGCCGAGUCAGGGGUCCAGCACAAGCCCUCGGCGCCGCAGGGCGGUCGGCUAACCAGCGAACCUCAGCCCCAGAGGGAAGGAUGCAGCUGCUAAUGACCAAGCAAAAAGCCCCCACCUUGUACCCUUUCUUCUUCUCUCUGUUCUGCCCACCUCCCCCCUCAAGCAAAUCCUCCAUCCAUUCUGACACCUUUGUAAGUUCAUCCCUCACUGCACCAGGAGCCGUAUGAGAGCGGGGCUGCAGAGAAAAGGAAAAGGGGGCGGUGAAUAUCAACUUGGGUCAGACUGAGCUGGGCUGUGUGGACUACAUCUCCUCUCCCUCUUAUUUGCCUGUCUCCCUUUGUUGCUGUGUCAAUCCUCUUAAAACUGUCAGUGUAUAUUUGUCUCAUAUUGUUCAUCCUUCAUUCCCCCUCCAAAUCUCAGUCUACCCCCCUCCCUAUCAGUAGUAUCAUAGAUGGCACCAUGAGUUACACUGGUCACUGACACUUUAGAUAGAUGUAAUGUUCAAAUAACAAAGCAAGACUGUUUUAUGUUUGGUUUUAUAGCUAUGUAUGAAAUGUAAACAAUGCUAAGUUUCAGUCAUCACUCAUCAUUUUUGUAUAAAUCCAAACUAAAUUAUAUUCCCUAACUCCUCUCGUUGCAUGGUUUAUGAUUCCAUCACUUUAUCAGGUCGUGCAGAUGAGAUAUCCCACCUUUUAUUUAAUUUCUGUGGGGACAGAAAGCAAUGAAGUAGUGUAACAAUUAGCCGCACAAGUAGAUGCUCCAAGCUGUGUCGAAGAAUGUGUUCGAAUGAGCUUUUUCCAGCAGAAUUUAAACCUGCUUCUGGCUUUACAUUCUGUUUUUGCUGCUGGCACGAAAGUAAAUUGCUUUGCCAAAUCUGAUAAAAACUCAGGAGAGAGAGAGGAAAAACAUGUAAUAAAUGUAAAGAAUUACCUUUUAAAUGCUACAUGGGUACCGUAAUUCCUUGGUCUCUGCUGAGGUGUUACAAAGAGUUUGAGGUGUUUUUCUGGUCGGUCUGAGUGUUACAAAGUUGAAUGGACGGUUCUUUAGAUGAAUUUAAAAUGUCACUUUAACAAAAAGUCUUUUCUGUUUUUGAUGAAAAGAUAAAGUCAUCAGUUUGCACCAGCUCUUUGUUCAGCUAACCCAGAAACUCUCCCCACAGUCAUAUCAACAUGUCUGUACCAGCUUUUCUUUUGUCAUCGUUUGUUGCCUUAUGAAAAGUAUUCUUUAGUCUUUGUUUUGCUGCACUUGCUCUUCAUGCUGCUGUUUGGAUCAUCCAGAUUCGAUGAAAUUCUGCUCUUUUAGGAUGCCUCUUUCAGUUUUACUUUUUGAAUAAGUAUAUGCAUCGCAUCUCUAAUGACCAAGAGUUAGCAGCAUGGUCUUAAACUCACAUUUUUGGUUAUUUGUGUAAAAACAAAUAUAUUUCUCACUCCUUUUAUUGCGAUGAAGCUGCACUGAAUAGCUUAUUUGAUGUUCAUCUGGAAAGUUGUUGCUCUGCGUCAUUAAACCAACACCAAGCAGCAGCAUGACUACCUUUUAAACACAAAGUUGUGAAAAUCGAGUUGUUUUAAGUACAAUUUCUCUGUAACAUAGCAGUUCCCUUACAGCUGUAUAUAUUUGCUUCUUAACUGCUGGUGAUGACCUCGCUACUGUACUUUGGAUUUAGAAAUUUGUUUGGUGGCUCUGCCAAGAUCUUGUACAGUUAGUGUGCUAGUGGGUUGCCUGUAAUUCAUGCUUGGGAAAUUCUGUAACAUAGUUUCUAUUAAUAAUUGUAAGUAAAGGACAGACGACACAGAAAGCCCCGCCCCCAACUACCCCCAUCUGCACACUAUUGAACUUAUUGAGGGGAGAGGAACUGGAUUGAGAUGAUGUACAACUAGUAUUUAUGUCAGCAAAUCUUGCUUCAUCUCAUUUCUGUACAGGGUGAAGAAUGAGGCAUGCUUGUGUUGAUAAUCCAUUUUCUUUUUCCACCCAAUCAUGGCUCAUCUGAACUGGAGAGGCCUAAAUUGCGGUCUUAACUUUUGGGGAGCAGGGAUUGGUUUGUUAUUAUGAGAACCGGGUGGGCUGGGCUUCCUUUCUCCUGUGUUCCACCAUUUUUGCAGUUUUGAGUGACCACUUCUUGCUUUUUGUCUGUCCACAAUUUAAAAAAAGUAAAAAAAAAAAAGUAAAUAUGUAUAAAUUUUUAAGAAGCUGUGCUAACAUUUAAA